UGCUACUGUCCCCCUAACUGAUUUCCAGAAAAUGCUCUGUGAUGUUCACCUAUUGGAGCUCACUCCCAUCGUGACAAAAGCCAUUUCAAGAAUAUCCAACAUCAUUUCACCUUGGCCAAUUAUAGAUCUCGUGUUCUAGGCAUGGAUGGGAAGAAAUGCAGCAUAUGGAUGUUUUUACCUCUUGUAUUCACCUUGUUUACUUCGGCUGGAUUGUGGAUAGUAUACUUUAUAGCUGUGGAAGAUGACAAAAUUUUCCCAUUAAAUUCAGCUGAAAGGAAACCUGUUGUGAAGCAUGCACCAUAUAUAAGUAUUGCAGGUGAUGAACCUCCUGCAAGCUGUGUGUUUAGUCAGGUUAUGAACAUGGCAGCAUUCCUAGCUCUAGUGGUAGCUGUUCUGCGCUUCAUACAACUGAAACCAAAGGUUUUAAACCCAUGGUUGAAUAUUAGUGGAUUGGUGGCACUGUGUCUGGCUUCCUUUGGAAUGACUUUACUUGGUAAUUUUCAGCUCACAAAUGAUGAAGAAAUCCAUAAUGUCGGAACUUCCUUGACCUUUGGAUUUGGCACAUUGACUUGCUGGAUUCAGGCUGCAUUGACACUCAGAGUCAACAUCAAGAAUGAAGGACGGAAAAUUGGAAUUCCGAGAGUUAUUCUAUCAGCAUCGAUCACUCUCUGUGUGGUCCUCUAUUUCAUCCUCAUGGCCCAAGGCAUCCACAUGUAUGCAGCCAGGAUCCAGUGGGGCCUGGUCAUGUGCUUCCUGUCCUAUUUUGGCACUUUUGCUGUGGAGUUCCGGCAUUACCGCUAUGAGAUUGUUUGCUCUGAGUACCAGGAGAAUUUCCUAAGCUUCUCAGAAAGCCUGUCAGAAGCUUCUGAAUAUCAAACCGACCAAGUGUAGCCCAUCAGCUUUCCCUUGCUGGUGAGGUGGGUAUGACAGUGGGGGAGGGGCCAGGAGGACACACUCACGGGACUUGACACGUGACCUCAAAACACAUUUUUCACACAGACACACACAUGUACUUGUUUGUGGCCACAUUUGCCAAAUGAGCUUUUCAGGGCAAGUUAUUUCUUUAAGGAAAAAUCACAGGCCCUUAUGUGUCAAAAUACACGCUGUUACAUUGAAAAUAUAUGCACGACGCAGCAAGAAGCUUGUGCACGAUCACCUCCUUCCCCUCCCUCUCCCUUAUACUCCCUGCUCUUCUCAUUCUCUUCAUAUAUUUCAGAUAUCAUGUUCACCCUACCAUAAAGAAGGGCAGGCCAAAUGUAAUGGGAAUAAUGCCAACUCCCAAAGUUGCCUUCAGAUCCAAAGGGCUUGGAACCAGCUUGUAAGGAGGUUCUAAAUCUGGCACCAAUACUCCUGAAUGGAUAAGACAGUACCAUUUAAUUGAAUGGAAAGCAUACUGAGAUGUAACCUUGCAUAACCUGUGGAAAGGUGUGGGAUCAAGGACAGCACAUCUCCAUGAAAACUCACUUCAUCAUCAUUCAGCGGCAGGCCGUGUGAGUUCAGUCAAAGGAGUAGACUACAAACUAGAAGAGUGAAGCCCACUACCAUGAUGUGGACUUGAUUCACUGUGACUGAGAAAUAUUUCCAAAUGUGAAUGUUUGUAGGGACAUGAUCUGCCAAGCAUGGAACCAGAUAAAGCAGUGAGGGUCUGGUUUAGUUUUGUUUCCAUGUACAGUUUUUGUUUUCUUCCAUGGAUUACCUUUUUUUUUUUUUUCCUCUCAGUAAGUACUGUGGGUCUCUCUAGGUCUCACAGAAAAAAAAGAGAUAUAGUCCAAAUGCAAGAGCUCAGCUUGCUUUGGGUUCAACCAUGAUAAAAGAAAAAAAAAAUCAUCUUCAGGCUUAAUUUGCUGCUUUUAUGUUGAAGCUAAGAAAAUGUUCACAGGAAAGCACAAACAAGUAUGAAUGAGUAGAGGUAAUAAAAAGAGCUCCUUCUGGACAUUUAUAAAAGAUUGGAGUUAGAGCAUUCUGUUGCAAGUCCAGGGGGACUUAAUCAGGGGAGAUUUUCUUAAAAUGAAUCUGUUGUUCAGAUUUAGCAUUUUUUUGUGGAUUAAGGGCUUUUCAAACUUGGAACUUGUGGAUGGCUAUUGAAAGAUUACCGUCCCCCAAAACAAACACAGGCAGCUGCUCCCUUCUGCCCAGCAAGUGUAUCACACCUGCUAGAAGUUAGGACCCCUGCAUUCAAACUGUAGGCCUUGGUUCCAAAUUCUUAGGCUGCGCUUCCAAAAAAAGCAAAAUUCCAAAUUGAAAACAUGGUGGAGUGGGCCAAGCUGACAGACCCUCCAUGAGAAUGCUUCAUUUAAAAAAAAUCCCCACAUUUACUUCACAGGGGCCUGAGGAUUCAUGGAAUAUAAUGUGAGCAAUAUUGUUUUUCAAUUCAGCCCAAAGUCUGUGCUUCUUGAGUUGGGGCUCAAUGUCUUUUCAUCUCUGUAUCUAUCCCCCGCUCCCAUCACAGUGCCUGGCACAUAGUAGGUGCUCAACAAAUGUCUGCUGAAUAGAAUUAGAGGUAAUUUAAGAAGAGGAAAAAGGAGUAUCAGACGAAGAUUCCAAGAUGAACAAGAAAAUAGAAGAUGACUGUUUCAUGAAGACAGGAGUGAAGGACAAAUCAUGAAUAAGGGUCAGAUGGGGGAGGGAGACUACCUGUAAGGUAUAGGUAUAAUGUGAGGAAAAUAAUUAAGCAGAGAGCAUUCUCUGAUUAAAAAGUCAUCUAACUGUAAAUAGUCCAAGGUGACAUUUAUUAUUUUUAAAUACAGCUUUUGUUGUUGUUUUUUUUCAUUUUUAUAUUUUAAAAAUUUUAUCAAAGAACAAGGAUGUAUGAAGUUUUCUUUUACUGUACAUAAUCCAAAUUAAACAGCUUUGGGUGAUGCAGUGUACACUUUCUUGGAAUAUUUUAGCAGAAUCUAGCAGUGACCAACAUCACUGGGAUCUGACCACUAAAUAAAAUUCUUUUAUGCAGAA